AUGGGUGGCCACCCAGACGUGUCGGCCCAGCAGCUGGCCGACAUGAUGCCUAUCGGGUUGGCAGUCCUUGAUCACCAGGACGGGUCCGUCUUUGUGAACAAACGCUUCUUGGAAUUGACCACCUGCACCUCCGAUCGUGCCUUUGAGUGCUGGUGCCAGUCCAUCCAUCCCGAGGACUUCGAUCGCGUGGCAGCAGCAUAUCGAGAAGCCUCUCAGUCCUACCAUGCCCUCCGCAUCGAAUACCGUACCCGGUUGCAGCCGUGUCUAUGGCGCGUGUGUUUGUUGACGCCACUGGAGGAUGAGGAGGAGCGACAACGAUUCAACCUGGGACCGGAAGGGGGCUUCGUUUGCACCAUCACCGAUAUCACACAAGAGAAGACGGCGGAAUUGACGCAGCGUCGCAUUGCUCACGAGGCAGAGGACCGCAAGCAACAACAGGAGCGCUUUAUCGAUAUGAUCAGCCACGAGGUGCGCAACCCGCUAUCGGCCAUCCUCCACUGCACUGAGGAUAUCCUGGAGGCUGUUCAUUCCCCGGAUAUUGGAGAGGAGAUGCAGACGCAGAUCGCUGAAGCAGCCGAUACCAUCAGUCUUUGCGUGGCGCACCAGAAGAAGAUCAUCGACGACGUACUAACCUACUCCAAAUUGGAUGCUGCCAUGCUGACGCUAUCUCCCCGACGCGUGCAACCGCGCCGGAAUGUAGCCACCGCGCUGGCCAUGUUUCGUCCGGAGCUGCGUAAACAUGAUAUUCAAUUCUCCUACCAGCUGGACCAUUCCUACGCCAACUUGGACAUUGAUUGGGUCAUGGCGGAUAUGGAUCGCAUGAGCCAGGUCCUCAUCAAUCUGCUCUCUAACUCCAUCAAGUUCACCGCCAAUUCGGGCGACGACAAGCGCAUCCGCGUCUCCAUCGGUGCGUCUACCCAACGGCCAUCCUCCUAUCCUCCGAACGUGGUUUUCUUUGACUCCGGCGAGGAGGCACUAAAACUGGACGCGACGUCACAACCCGAAUGGGGCGCGGGUGAAUACGCGUUUCUGAUGGUGGCCGUGAAAGACAAUGGGAUUGGAAUCAGUGACGAGGCGCAGAAGAGGUUGUUUGAGCGAUUCAAUCAGGCGACUCCGCGCACCCAAACAAUAUAUGGCGGAUCGGGACUAGGUCUGAAUGUCAGUCGCAAGCUGUGCCAUUUGCACGGCGGAGAGAUUGGCGUCAGUUCUAAGGAGGGCGAGGGAAGUACGUUUGGAUUCUUUUUCACAGUGCGACGCACUGCAGCGGGGCCCGGGGAUGACCCUAGCAAGAGCAACGGAACCGCGGAGAUUGACCGGAUGUGCAGCCAGAUCCAAGCAAUGGGCAACGAGAUGAGUGGAGUGACCGAGCGUCAUGCCCGACCACGCAUUCCCGAGAAUCCCUCUGUCACUCACGUCCCGGAGAUCUCGCGACACGCCAGCCGAGACAGUCGGCGGCUGCAUACAGUGAAGAUUGCCAGCGGAGUCUCCUCCCCGGCGUCGAGAGGUUCACCUGUAUCAGAGGACGAGGAUCAUCAGGCCCCCGAAAAGCCGCGAAGUGAACCGCGGUCACACCCGCGCGAACGGCGCAUUUUGUUAGUGGAAGACAACGUCAUCAACAAGCGCAUCCUCUCGCGCAAGCUCCAGACCUCCGGCUAUCACGUCAGCGAAGCGAGUAAUGGCCAGGAGGCGGUAGAUGCGGUCCAGCAGCAGGGAAGUUUUGACUGUGUACUGAUGGAUCAGGUCAUGCCCAUCAUGGACGGAACAACGGCUUCCCGGGCCAUUCGCCAGUUGGAUGGUCCCAUGGCGCAGGUCCCUAUUCUCGGGGUUACAGCCAAUGUGCGGACGGCUCAGAAGGAUGAGAUGCUGGCGGCGGGGAUGAACGACAUUAUCUACAAGCCGUAUAAGAUGCCGGAUUUGAUCGAGCGGAUCAAACAACUGCAGCAGAAGGGUCAGGAAUGA